GCCACCGUUAAAGCGACACACACGAUCAUCCAAAAGUGACAGUGUAGUAAACAAAAUUCAAUUUCAGCGCGAAACCAACGUUCCAACACUGAACUCCUUCGAUCCUCAACAAUUUCACCAUCUAAUUAUCCACAAACAGUGUUCAGUUCGUCGAAUCAACCGUAAACCAGUUGUAUGUUUCCUAAUAAUAUGACAGGUGAUCCUAACCUACAAAAUCCUCAAUCCGUAUUCGGAUAUGAGACCUAUCCGCCGCCGCCGAACUCCCAAAACCUUAAUUGGCCUGAUGUACGACAAAAUCCAUCGUUCGUCAACCCUUACACCUUUCAAUUUACCCAGGUCCACAAUUGUCCUAGAUCUGAGACUGGUUUAGGAUCAUUUCAGUUCAACACACAGCCACCGACACAACAAGUGGUCCAAUUUCCAUUUCAAAUAGGCAGCUCCUUUGGCACCACGACGACCAGCUUGAGGUGUAAACGAAAAACAGAUUCACCUCCGCCACAACAAUGCAAACAGCACAUAACAGAGGAAAAAAUGGCCGAACACAUGGCAAAACUACACAUCAGCUCAGAAACGGCGUCAUCAUCAACGGAAACGGAGAGCGCGAAAGAACAAAGAUUGUACAUGUGCGAAGAAAUGCGUAAACUGAAAUCCGAUAGUAUUUUGCCCCAAUGCCUUUUGGACAAAGUGCAACGGCCGUGCACCGCUCUGGUAUUGUGGCAACCUCCACCAAAAAUUUUAGGACUCUACCGUAGGGAAGAGAACAACAGAAACAUCGACGAGAAUGUGAAUAACAAUGCUAACUGUGUGCCUGAUCAACAUCAAAUUGAUGAAAUUGAUAUAGACAAUUUAGAUAGUUGCACAGAUAUGGACAUUUAGUUGCGCGUUGUUUAGUGUUGGAGUAUUGAAUUUCUGAAUGACGAGAAUUUGAUGAAUUCAGUAUACAUUGUACACUUAUCAAAGACUGAUGUAUCGAAUGAUUUAGAUUUAAACUGGUGACUGUCUGGAUUAACUUUUUUAAAUUCUUGUCAACUAAGUAAUCUGUACUUUUAAAUUUUGAAUCUUUAAAUCCUAUUAUUGUUAAUAACUUUUACUUAUUGUUAACACAAUCACAGAAAAUUGAAGGACUGUAUGUAUCAUUUUAUUUGUGUAUUGCAUUUUUAAUCCUUGAAUAAUUUAUGUGAGAACUAAUUUCUUUAUGAAAUGCUGGUGGAUUGAUUUACAUUAGUUUACUUCUAAUAAUAAAGAUUCUUUGCAGAUUGUACUAAUUUUAAAUACUUUUUUGUAUCUAUUUGUAAAUUCGCCCUUUGUUACAAAAGGAAUUACUGCCGUGAUUUGUUUUUAUUUUAAAUUACACAUAUUUUUUAUGCAA